GUUUUGUAGCCGUGACAUGUUCAACUUGUAAUAAUCAAGUUGCUGCCUUCUAUCAUUGGCAUGAUGGAAUUGGAAACUAAGAAGGAUAGUUUGGGUGGCACACCUGUUGUUGAUGAGGGCUCAUCUGUUCAGAUAAAGGUGCUGUUCUUUGCCAAAGCUCGAGAUAUAACCGGGUUGACUGAUUUGCCAUUGGAGGUUUCAUCAGGUAGUACUACACAGGAUUGUCUAAACAAGCUUGUCGCUAAGUUUCCUAACUUGGAAGAUAUCCGCGGGUGCAUCGUUCUUGCUCUGAACGAGGAAUACACAACCGAGUCUGCUGUUGUUAAGGACAAAGAUGAGUUGGCCAUUAUACCUCCCAUAAGUGGUGGGUGAAUAUUUGUUUCAUAUUCUUUUUACAAGCGCAACAAGAAUAAAACAACUUCCAUCUAUGUGAUGUUUAGUGGAGCAUGCAAUGGAGGCACUGCAAUCUGUAAUAUGUUAAGACGAGUCAUUUAUGCUCAUGGUUCAAUUUUAAUGCAGUUUGUUCAUUUAGAGGAUGUUGUCUACGAUCCA